ACUAGUAGUCUAUCCACCUCCACUCGUCUAUGCAGGUGAACGACGUGAUUACUCCGCUAUAUGAUUCUCCAGCCGGCCUCCGACGGCCUCUCCAACUUCCCCUCACGACCCAGUGCUUACCUACCUGAACAGGAUAGUCCUCAGCUGGAGACCCUCUGCUGCCAGCGAAUAAGCAAUGAAUGCCAGCAUUCCCAAUCAUGCAAUCCACCGACCCUAUCACAAUGCUGCCUAAAGUGCAUACAGCAGGUCUGCAGGCCUUUCUGCAACGUGCAAUGUCCAUUUCCACGCCGACAGAUAAAGGCCAUGCGUCCCCAGCCAACUCUCACGGCCUACGCUGCACUCACACUCGAUUGAAUAUUCUCUCACUCUUCUCGAGAACUGAGAGGACAUCAUGCGUGCGACAACAGCAGUUGUUUCACUAGUACUGCUGGCUGGAUCGGCCGCCAGCUUGCAGAAUCCCCAUCGCCGAGAUGUGCCCGCACCUCUCCAGCGUCGGAGCUUGGCUUCUCAGGCAGUGACCAUGGAAAGCAAGACUGGGGAUUAUGAAUACCUGACCAACAAGACCGCAAGGUUCGUGGUCAAUGGAACCAGCAUCCCCGAAGUCAAUUGGGACAUCGGCGAGUCCUACGCCGGUCUUCUUCCCAAUACGCCUGCCGGUAACACCAGCCUUUUCUUCUGGUUCUUCCCCUCGCAGAACCCAAAGGCUAGCGAUGAGAUCACCAUCUGGCUCAACGGUGGCCCAGGAUGCAGCUCCCUAGACGGUCUGAUUCAGGAGAACGGCCCGUUCCUCUGGCAGGAAGGCACUUACCAGCCUGUGCCCAACCCCUACUCCUGGACCAACCUGACAAACGUGGUCUACGUUGACCAACCCGCGGGCACGGGCUUUUCCCCCGGCCCCCCGACUGUCAACAACGAGGACGAUGUGGCUGCUCAGUUCAACAGCUGGUGGAAGCAUUUUGUCGAUACCUUCGACCUCCACGGUCGCAAGGUGUACAUCACGGGUGAAAGCUACGCGGGCAUGUACAUUCCCUACAUCUCCUCCGCCAUGCUGGACCAGGAGGACACGACCUAUUUCAACGUGAAGGGUAUCCAGAUCAACGACCCAUCCAUCAACUCCGACUCGGUAAUGACCUACUCCCCGGCAGUCCGCGCACUGAACCAUUUCAGCAACAUAUUGGCACUCAACUCCACCUUCCUGUCCUACAUCAACGAGAAAGCCGACGUAUGCGGGUACAACGCAUUCCUCGACGAAGCGCUCACCUACCCACCCCCCAGCCCCUUCCCCACCGCCCCCAACAUCACCGACGACUGCCUCGUGUGGGACGAGAUUGUGAUGGCCGCCUACAACGUCAACCCCUGCUUCAACUACUACCACCUGAUUGACUUCUGUCCCUACCUGUGGGAUGUGAUGGGAUUCCCGUCCCUCGGCUUCGGCCCGAACGACUACUUCAACCGGACCGACGUGCAGAAGGUCCUCAACGUGCCCCCCACCGACUACUCCAUGUGCUCUGAGACCAACAUGUUCCCGAACGGCGACUCCUCCGCGCCCAGCUCCUGGGGCCCCCUUCCCGGUGUCAUCGAACGCACCAACAACACCAUCAUCGGCCACGGAUGGCUCGACUUCCUGCUCUUCUACAACGGCUCCCUCAUCACCAUCCAGAACAUGACCUGGAACGGCAAGCAGGGCUUCCAGGACCCUCCCGUCGAACCCCUCUUCGUUCCCUACCAUUACGGUCUCGCCGAGCUGUGGGAGGGUACCGAGCCCUACCCGUAUAACCUCGACGCCGGCGCCGGAUACCUCGGUACGGCGCACACCGAGCGCGGUUUGACUUUCAGCUCCGUAUACUUGUCUGGUCACGAAAUCCCGCAAUACGCUCCCGGCGCAGCCUACCGCCAGCUGGAGUUCCUUCUGGGUCGCAUCAGCAGUCUCCAGGACCAGGGUCCCUACACUACUGCAUGAUGCAAAUGCAGUGAAUUGGGUGUAUAUUCCGUAGGAAUGAUGUGAUGCGAUUCGAUGAUAUAAGAUGAUGUGAGAUUAUAUGUAUGACACGAGACGAACUGGGCUUGGGAGAUAGCCGCAUGUGACAGUAGCUGGAUUCAUGUAUAGUUGGUUGAAUACCUAAUGUAGGGAAGGAUCUAUCUGUAUCCUG